UGCGCGCGCGCGCGGGUGAGCAAUUCCUUCGUGCGUCCUUCUUUCCCUCGUUGUGCCACCGGCGGUUAAAACGAGAGGCUGAGGUGACGGACGACGUACUCGCGUGUACGAUAUGUCGGAGCACCACCGCGUGGCCGGUGGCUGGGGCACCGCGAGCCCGGGUAACCGAGAGGAUGGCUCUGGCGGUGCCGCUUGGUGGUCCUCGGGCCUUAACGCCGUCUCGACCGAUCAACAGCAACAAAAUCUACAUCAGCAUCUGAUAAAUCAACAACAACAACAACAGCAGCAGCAGCAGCAGCAACAACAGCAGCAGCAACAGCAGCAGCAGCAGCAACAACAGCUCGCUCAACAGCACCAUGCGGAGAUCGUUCGGAGUACCGCCGCCGCCGCUGCCGCGAACCAACUCUUCUGUUACAAAAUGGCCUCCAGCUUCCAGAACCCGGCCACCACCGGCGCGGCAUCGAGUCCGGUGACGACAUCCACGCCGGUCGGUGGCGGCGGCGCCGCCGCUGCGUGCAUGAGGGGUGGAUACGAUUACAGGCUCGGAACGGCGCCGGGUCCUGGACAAGGCGCGGGUGCCGGUGGUGGCGGCGGCGCCGCUGCUGCCGGCGUACCCGGCACACCUUCCGCACAGCCGCCCGGCGGCGUACAGUGGUGGUAUUCGGGCAGCGGAGUCAUGGACGCCGCCGCCGCGCAGAACAACCUGCACCAGCAGUUGCAGAAUCAGCAACAACAGCAACAGCAGCAGCAACAGCAACACCUCUCGCCCAUUACCACGCAAACGUCCACGCCCCCCGUUAUGUCCCCGAUCUCACAUCCGCACGUAGGUCAACUAGAUUUCCGAUUAUUUCUGCAGCACCAAAUACAGCAGCUACCGCAAAAUAAUCUUCAACAAAAUAACGCUCAGAGCCUGCAGCGGGACAAUAUGCCGAGAGGAAAAGAUUCGAAGCCAAGAGGACGGAUGACAGCGUAUGCGUUCUUCGUCCAGACAUGUCGUCAAGAGCACAAAAAGAAGCAUCCCGAGGAAAAGAUCGUUUUCCGGGAGUUCUCCAAAAAAUGUGCAAUGAGGUGGAAGACUAUGUCGGAUAUAGAGAAGAAACGUUUCCACGAAAUGGCAGAAAAAGAUAAGAAGAGAUACGACGCGGAGAUGCAGAAUUACACGCCGCCCAAGGGAGAAAAUAAAGGCAGGGGCAAGAAACGCAAACACAUUAAGGAUCACAAUGCUCCCAAAAGAUCACUGUCCGCUUUCUUCUGGUUUUGCAAUGAUGAACGCGGCAAGGUCAAAAUGCUGAAUCCCGAAUACGGUGUAGGCGAUAUAGCUAAGGAAUUAGGCAAGAAAUGGUCAGACGCAGAUCCCGAAACCAAAUCUAAAUACGAGGCUAUGGCAGAGAAGGACAAGGCUCGAUAUGAAAGGGAAAUGACCGCGUACAAAAAGAAAAUACAAAACGACGGUGCCCCGAUGAUGGGAGGCGCGCCGGCGAACCAAACUGUAAAAAGUGACAGCGAAGAGGAAUGGAAAGAAGACGACGAAUAGCGGAUGCACGUCGAAAUUUCUUCAUCUAUCACCCCGUGUCCUUCAUCCUGAAAGCAUACCUCACCUACUGUACGUACCAUUGACCUUAGCGUGAGCGUACUUACACCAGCAUCAUUAGGAGAACAAAGUAACUAACCACCAAGCAACCAAUCAAUCAAUCAACCAAGCUCUUUAAAUCCCCACCAAUCAACAUCUCCUAAUUCUCUUUUCCCGAUUAUUUACGAUAAUGAUAAAGUAAUCCGCGCUAAUUACGGUAAUUAUUUUAAAAGGAAAAACUGAUAUAUGUGUGAGUGCUGCGCGAGCGUGAGCGAGAGCGCGAGAGUGUGAGUGGAACAUUUGUACUUUAACAUAUUGAUAGUAAUGAUGAUGUAAAGUGGCUAGUAGGAUAGCGGAAGAAACAAAAAAAAAAUAUAUAACAGAAUUGAGAAAAAAAAAACAAAAGCGAAAGAGAGAUAAGAAGACAGUGGAUGCCCAAACUUUCUCUAUUUGAUGGAAGGCGCAGGGGCUCAAUCAUUGUUGACUUUUUGCUCUAUCGACGCUAUGUUACAAGCUAUUUAGCUUUAGUUUACUAAUGACGAAACGCCGCGAUAAUGACGGGACUCCCACAGCCGAGGAUCGGAGAUGAUUGUUAUCUCGCAGAUUUUCGGAUUCUUCGACAUACGAAAAUAUCAUCCUUUCGUCUUCUUCACGCGAUUUGCGCGGACGGUACAACAAAAUCGCUCUCUCGGAUCCUUGUUCUUGAAAGAGGCGAGUCAUACGUCGUGCCGUUACGAAAUUAAUACUAUACUUUUGGGGAUUUUAAGUUCAGUUCAGUUCAGUUCAUUCGUCGCCAGCGUGACAUAAAAAAAACAAUCGUUGCGAAAUAAAAUAAACAUAAACAGAUUGUUGUAUAUCCUUGUACAGAGAGAGCUUCCUUCUCUUUUUUUUCAUAUAAUUUUUAACGGAAGAAUCAUAUUGAAUGCGUGUGCUGGGGCAUGGGGCCGCUUUAUGCAUAUUUUUGCGCGAAUAUAUAAUUGAUUUGAUCGAGAGGUACACACAAUCAUGUCUCUUGUAAUAGUUGUAAGUACAUUUAGAAUUAAGUAUAUACGUGUAUCUUAACACAGACUUGAAUUCUCCGGCGACUCUCUAUGUUUUUUUAGUGUGUGCGAUGUACUUUUUUCCAACACUACGCGGCGGUAUUACAAGCUACGAACCACCACGUGAUUGAGCCUUAAUUACGUAGCCAAUAAGCUCGAUGUUAUGAAUUGGAUCGAAAGAAUUGUAUGCAAGAGGGAAAGAGAGAGAGAGAGAAUGUGUGUGCAUGUAGCUCGCAGCUUCUAUUAGACCGUUGCAUAUGAGAUGUCGCUUUUUCGAAUGUCUUUUAAUAGUUAAAUAUAUAUUGAAGUAAUAUGAUUUUUUUAUAAAAGUAUACUACAGUUCUUGUGUGAAACAGUUGUUCUUUUUCAGAUUAUAGUAAAUUUACAAGAAAAAAAUUAAGAAAUGUUUAGUAUAAUAAUUAGCUUCUUAUUUUAAAGUUGGACAUGACGUUAAUAAUAUUACGUAAUAUUACCAUUAAUUACUCUCUAUUAUUAUCAUCGUUAUUAUAUAAUAGACAAAUGAGAAGUAUAUUAUUACUACAAUAGAACCCCUCUUUUGUAACUUUUGAAUUAAAAGAACGAAAAAUUCCUAAGAAAGAAUAGUUGUCCGUAUCACACAACGCGAGAAUAUCUAAUUGCUGCGUAUUUGCAUGAAUGCAAAUUGCGUAUAUGAAUUUGAAAUUAUAUAUGUAUACUUGCGAGAUUAAAUACACGCGAUUAAAUGCGCGCGCAUCGUGAAUUGUCCAUGAAAGUAACAUAAUAUUAUGACGUGUGAAGGAAUACCAAAAUUGUGGAGGACCAUCUUAUAGAGGGGUUGUAUUGUACAAUAUCAUUUGUCUUUGAGAAAAUUAAUGUACGAUACUUUCUCGACUGCAUUCUCGCUCUACGCGACAUGGGAUUGGGAUUUGAUUAAUCAAUAUCGCUGAGUAUACUAUGCGCGUUAAUCGAUUUCUACAGGCUAUAGGCCCGAAUAUAUACUUGGUAAAAUAAGAAGAAAAAUUAAUUAUAAGAGUAAUUAUAGAAAGAGUUUAUGACAUAAAUUCCAUUUAGAAAGAAUCAGCGUAACAGUGACAAAAGUAUUAGUAUGCAAAAAUUUUUCACUUCCAGAAUGUAAAAUAAGAUUUAUCUCCUUUAUUCUCUAUUUAACAUAUAAUUUUUUAAUUUAAUCUUAAAGUACACAUUUAACAUAUUGUACUUUUUAUCUUUAAAUUUUUUUACAUUUAAUCGAAAUAUCAACAUAGCUUAUUCUGGAAAACAUAAAAAAAAGCAUUACAGAGUUUUUUCAUUUAUUAUAUAUAUUUAUGUUUUAUUAGAAAUUAUCUGGGAAUAAUUGUUGAUGAUGUAAAACCGACAUUUCAUAUGCAAGGGCCUAAUACUAAAUCAAAAUUAGUAGCAUGGUAUCCCAGCGUCAUGGAGCAGCGGUAUCGCCGAGUCCUUAUUUAUCAAAACAAAACUACGAUCAUUGUACUCACGAAAUUUAAAUUCGUUUUUAUAUUUGCGCUAUUUUCGAGGCUGCCGGCAGCCCGUCACUCCAGCCACGAAAAUUGAUCUAUUGCAACGCGAAGAUCAUAAUGCGAAGUCUCGAUAUUUGUUUUAAUCCAAUGUUAAUGGAAGAUAUUCGUUUAUUAAGUCUUAAUCUGAUUUCGACGAUACCAGCAGAGUCGUUCUUAUUUCUUUAUACUCUUUUUUUUUUCCUGUCGCCUUAAUACCGCGAAAAGGAUGACGUUUUAUAUUUUCUUUAUUCGACUUUUCUCUCUCUCUUUUUUUUAGCCUAAUCAUAAAGUGGUCCCUGCCCUUUGCCAUUCUCCCUCUCACAUUCGUUUUUAACUCACAUUGAAGGAAAUAUAAAAGUAGUAAAAGAAAAAUUCAAAUCUUACCGUCUUGAAACUCACGUAAAUGAUAAAUAUAAUGAUCAUUGUUCGCUUCGUUGAGCCAUGUUUCUGGGAGUUGAAUUAAUAGAAGAUAAGCUCCCCGUGAGGACGUUUUUCUCUGUCUUGUACUGCCUCGAGUCAUCUGGUGUACAGCAGGCUGUAUUAUAAUAAAUUAUUGUGGUUUCUUGUAA